AUGAGAGAAGGAGACACACGUAAUACUGAUGAAGUAGUGAUGGAUGAAGAAGUCAAUGAAAGCACUUUAUUGGGUAAAGGGUGGAUUCACGGUCAUUUGUUGACAAAAUGGUUUCCAUGGAAGAAUGUCAAAGGGAAUAUGGGGCGUAGCAGGUUGUGCGUUGUGGAGAGUGGUGGGAAGAAGAACACGUGCAUGGCCUGCCUUUUUAGUAUAGAGUUGACACAUGUGCCGAGGCACAUUACCGUUUUGCCUGCUUACGCCAAAGGAACCGGCGGCCUCGAGGCCACCCCCAUCUCGGCCCUGUUGACUCCUUCAAAACCUGGAAAACUAGCUCUUGUAGGCAUGCACCAUCUUGACACGAGGGGUGGAAAGAAACUACAGUUCUUGAGAGGGAAGAAACACAAGAAAAGUGAAGGUCUUUUCGACUCUACCAAGAGUUUGGAUAUAUAUUUAGUUCAGAGAAUAUCAAAGUGA